AGCAAACAGUCGGUGGACGGACUUCAAAAUGAUCACGGAACUUCUCCUGGCGCUCUGCACUGCGGCGUUCCUCUGCCUGGCAUAUCGCUAUGCCUGGUAUCGACCCAACGGCUUUCCACCGGGUCCGCCGCGGAUACCCCUAUUCGGGAGCUACCUCUUCAUGUUGAUGAUCAACUUCAAGUACCUGCACAAGGCAGCUCUGACCCUCAGUCGGUGGUACAAGUCCGAUAUAAUCGGGCUGCACGUAGGAACCUUCCAGGUGGCCGUCGUCCACAGUGCCGAGGGAGUACGCGAGGUCCUCAACAACAAGGCAUUUGACGGACGCCCGGGCAUCUUUGUGGCCGCCAUGCGUGAUCCCGGCGACGACAUACGAGGCAUAUUCUUCCAGGAAGGACCUUUGUGGAAGGAGCAGCGCCGCUUUAUCCUGCGCUACCUCCGUGACUUUGGAUUCGGUCGACGCUUCGAGCAACUGGAGCUGGUCAUCCAGGAGCAGCUGACCGAUAUGCUCGACCUAAUCCGCAACGGGCCAAAGCACCGACACGAGCUCCAGAUGGUCAAGCCCGGAGGCUACCGGGUGCUUCUGCCCCUGCUCUUCAAUCCCUUUUCGGCGAACUGCCACUUCCAUAUCGUGUAUAAUGAGUGCCAGAGUCGGGAGGAGAUGGCUCGCCUGGUGGAGCUCUGCCAGGUGGGCAUGCAGUUCCAACGGAACGCAGACGACUACGGACGGAUGAUAAGCAUCAUGCCCUGGAUACGGCACAUCUGGCCCGAGUGGAGUGGCUACCGGGUGCUCAAUGAGUCCAAUGUGUUUGUCCACAAGUUCUUUGCAGACUUUGUGGACCGAGCUCUGGAUACCUACGAGGAAGGUGUGGAGCGUCAUUUCAUGGACGUGUAUAUUGCCGAGAUGCGCCGCUCUCCAGGGUACGGUUUCAAUCGGGAACAGUUUAUCAUGGGCCUGGUGGACUUCUCCUUUCCUGCCUUUACCGCCGUCGGAGUGCAGCUUUCGCUGCUUGUCCAAUAUCUCAUGCUGUAUCCGAAGGUGCUGCAGCGGAUGCAGCGUGAGAUAGACGAGGUGGUGGGUUGCGGACGCCUGCCCACUCUGGAGGAUCGAAAGAACCUGCCCUUUACAGAGGCCACCGUACGCGAGGGCCUGCGCAUCGAGACUCUGGUGCCCUCCGAUGUGCCACACAAGGCGCUUGAAGACACAGAGCUGCUGGGUUACCGGAUUCCCAAGGACACCAUUGUCGUGCCCAGUCUUUAUGCUUUCCAUUCGGAUGCUCGCGUUUGGUCGGAUCCGGAGCAGUUCCGACCCGAGCGAUUCCUGGAUGCGGAGGGCAAGCUUAGCCUGAAGCUGGAUGUCUCGCUGCCAUUCGGAGCUGGAAAGCGGCUCUGCGCCGGCGAGACCUUCGCCCGGAACAUGCUCUUCCUGAUGACGGCAACCAUGUGCCAGCACUUUGACUUUGUGCUGGCACCUGGCGAUAAGCUUCCCGACCUGUCCCAGAACCUCAACGGACUGAUUAUCUCGCCGCCUGAUUUCUGGGUGCAGCUGCAGGAUCGCCAUUGAACUGAACCCGACUUGUAGUUGGGUUGAUUGACUUUAAAACUAAACAAGUUCGUAGAUUUAAGAACUUAUUUUUAUUUCUAAGAAAUCUUAAUUCCCCCAAAGGUAUUCAUUAAAUUACUUCUGAUUUAAGCUUGUCCUAAUCCUUCAAUUUCCUGAAUUAUGCCAAGAUAUCCCUUUAAGAUAAUCCCUUGAAAAAGCUGAUCACGUCAAAAACAAACUAAACACGACAUUAAUAGUUGCUGCUUCUAAAAA